AUGCAGGGGACUAAUAGUUUCACCCAGCCCAAGCCGGAGGGUGACCGGGGUACACAUAAUAUGAAAAAGUUAAUCAAUGAUAUCCUAACAGAGAAAAUCACUGAGGAACAUCCGAUGGAGCGGCGAGCUACACCAAUGGGAAUGACAAAGGAAGAUUCUCGAGAAAUUAAUGAGAUACUCGAAUCUUCACCACCCAUGACCCCUACUGGUAAACUUCAUGAACGAGGAUGUUGUGGACACAUCACAGCGACGUCGAUAAUUUGGUACAUUGGCGUUUGUAUAUUAUUUAUUGUUGCCUUUGUGGCUCUUGUUUUGUCAAUACUUUUCUUUAUUAAUGAUACAACGACAGAUCGGCCGUUGAAGCUGUUCGGUAUUGUUGGUGCUGGUAUGCUAGCAUUAAUCACGUUUAUUAUCGUUUUUGUUGAUUGUUGGAUCGAUGGAACUCGUUUGUAUCUUGAAGAAGCUGUUGUAUAUCGAGUAUUUCAAGUGAAAGAAGCUGAUUCUGAAGCAAUGGCUUUGAAUGGUGGUCGACUGAAAAAUGAAGACGGAGAAAAAGAAAAACCACGCCUAAUGUUGUCUCAACAGCAAGCAGGCGUUGUACCUUAUGCUCCUGGUCACUAUCAAGGUCAUAAUCAUCCAGUACCUUAUCUAAUUCCUGCCUAUGUUUACUAUCCUACGAUGGUACCAAGUAAUCAUCAUCUCUUUCAUGGUCAUGGACAUAAUCACGGGCAUCAGCAUGGACACAACCAUAACCACGGACACCCAUACGGCCAUGGACAUGAUCAUGCGAACAGUCACAGUACGCAUGUUCCUCGUUAUCGUCAUUAUCCAGAAACAAAUCGUUCUUUAUCACAUCUUACUCGUCAUCCGCGUCGUAUUCACACAGUAUCGCCGACUUCUUCUCAGCGUCCGAUCGACCGCGACGAAUCACGUACUUCGAAUCCCACUCAAGCGACUGUUGUCAAUCCUACUGUUCGAACAUCAGAUAAAAACAUACCCGUGAUAAAGACUCGAAAAGUAAUACGAAAACCAAGGCGUGUCAGCCAGUCGAAAGUCAAAAUUAAUGAAGCUGUACAUGGAACACAUAUAGAUCAACUGAGUAAUAUACCAACGACAGCAAUCACCUAUGAUAACGUUCCUUCUAAUGUUACUGAAGUUAUACGUGAAACAACUGUUGUAAAAGCACCACGAAGUUUACUACCGACAUUGCGAAAAACACUUGUCAAUCCAAACAGUGGUGCAUCCGCUAUAUUCAAAUAG